AUGGCGGAAGCAAAAGCUCCUGCGAAGCAGUCGUACUCGACCGACCCGGCGCUGUACAUAUACACGUCGCUUACAGCCGGCUCUUCCCACAUCGUCACUGCCACCUCGCGGCUGGAGACCAUCCUCAAGGCCAACCGCGUGCCCUUCAAGGCCCUCGACAUCGCCACCGAUGAGAAGGCGCGCAUGCUCUGGGGUCGGCGCGCCGGUAAGGACGAGAAUGGCCGCAUGAGGAAGCUCCCUGGCCUGGUCCAGAUGGGCAUGGUGCUCGGUGAUAUUGUCGAGAUCGAGGAGUGGAACGAGUACGGCGAGCUCAAGCAGCACGUCAAGAUCUACUACGACGAGUUCACCAUCCCGGCCAAGGGUGCGCCCCAGCUCCCGAACCCCCUGAGACGAGUCCAGCACUCCAAAGCCUCGCCGGCGGCAGCAUCCUCUUCGGGCGCACCCAAGCCCAUCCCCGCGGCACCACCCAUGCCGGAGAAGAAGGAGUCCGCAGCCAAAUCCGCCGACGAGCCCAAGAAGGCCGGCACCGCCUCGGCCGCUGCCGCCGCCGCGGCCCCUAUUAAGAGCAUCGCCGAGGAGGCGGCACAGAAGGCCAAGCAGGUCCGCCUGGACAGUCUUAGAGCGAAGGUCCACGGGACAAAGGGCAAGGAGGACGCCAAGGAGGACGAUAGCGAGAAGAAGCAGCCCGCGGUCGAGGCUGAGAAGAAGGAGGCCGACGCAGACGCUACACCGGCGCCGCUCAAGACAGCAGAGUCCAGCGCCAGCUCCACGGGCCCGGCGAUAUCUCCUCCCGAGCCUGGCAAGGUGGCCGGGUCGGCGGGCUUGCAGUCGCCCACUUCGGGCGCGUGGAACACGAGCUCGCAGGAGGACCACCUCCGCAACGUACUGCAGAGCCCCACGUCUAGCACCUGGAAGCCGGGCGAGGGCACCGUGGACCUGCCCAUCCGGGAGCACCGCGGGUCGAGCAUAUCGCUUGCCUCGGCCGAGGAGAUUGCCGCCAUUGAGAAGGCCGAGACUAUCCCGGAGGAGACUAUCGAAGAGGAUGAAGAUGAUGAGAACGAUGAGGACGAGGACGAUGAUGAGGAUGAGGACGACGAUGAGGAUGAGGACGACGAUGAGGAGGAAGACGAAGAGGAAGACAAGGACAAGACUAAGGCAGAGAAGAAAGCCUAG